GUUUGUACAUAUUUGUGAGGACCUCAGUCACAGUGUACUUUGUUGUGUUGUUCUACCUACUUAAGUCACGAUCAUGCACCGUCUCCUCAUAUACUCGCUGUUGGUCGGCUCCAGCUUUGCUUUCCAAUUUCCCUUUAACAUUCCUAUAUUCAAAUCAAAAGACUCGGCUCUCAUAGAAGAGGCUCACGCAUCUCCAAGAAUAGCCAUCAUUGGCGCAGGCGCGGGAGGCUCCUCAGCUGCAUUCUGGAUUUCUAAAGCGAAGGAGAAAUUUGGAAUCGACGUUGAAAUUGAUGUCUAUGAGCGUUCAGAUUAUGUCGGCGGUCGCAGCACUGUAGUAUAUCCUUACAAUGAUACUACCUUAGCUCCGUUGGAACUAGGAGCUUCUAUAUUUGUUGACGCGAACAAGAAUCUCAUGAGAGCUUCCAAGGAAUUCAACUUGACUCUGACAACCUUCGAAGAUGAUAAUUCCGACACUGGUAUAUGGGAUGGCCAGAACUUCGUGCUUGUGAUCGAAAGCGGCAGCUAUGUGAAAAGCUGGUGGGCAACCUUGAAGGUCUUAUGGAGGUAUGGCUACACCGCUCCCACUAGAACAAAAGCCAUUGUCCAGUCAAUGAUUGACCGGUUCCUCGGCUUGUACACCCCCGACUCUCCUCGCUGGGAUGAUAUAUCAGCGCUUUCAGAGAGGUUGCAAUCGGUAUCCAUGACUAACCAAACCGCCUCAGACUUUUUGGAAGGCAAUGGCGUUGCCCCGCUCUUCGCACGAGAGCUUGUUGAGGCAGCGACGCGCGUCAACUACGGCCAGAACGUGGACAAGAUUCACGCACUCGGAGGCGCAAUUUCGAUGGCAGCAAGUGGUGCAUCUGGUGUUGCUGCAGGAAACUUCCUCUUAUUUGAGAAAUUUCUCGAGAAUUCAACAGCAAAGGUCUUUCUGAAUACUAAUGUCAAGGAGAUCAGACGGAAAUCUGGCAGUUCUUUGUGGACUGUCCACACAUCGGCUGGUUCCCAGACAUACAAAGGAGUUGUCCUCGCUGCACCUUUCCACCAGACCGACAUUAUUUUACCGUCUGACCUGGCUGAACUCAUUCCCCCGCAGCCAUAUGUUCCUUUGCACGUUACGUAUCUGACAACACGUUCCGAACAUCCCAGACCGGAGUACUUUGGCCUCGCAUCCGAUGCUCAGGUGCCAGCAACAAUUCUAUCCACCUACGAGGGUGCUCGAGCGGGCGGGGUGGAGCCUGAGUUUAAUUCAAUUUCAUAUCAUGGAAAGGUUCGUAAGAUGGAAGGAGCGGAAGGAGACGCAGUAACAGACCCUGAGUGGACCGUGAAAAUUUUCUCCAAAGAGCGUGUCUCCGAUGAAUGGCUCGAGAAAGUGUUUGGCAAUGUCGGUUGGGUGUAUAGGAAAUUGUGGCAGGCAUACCCUGUGUUGCUUCCUACAACGGAGUUUCCUCCUGUCAAGCUCGAUCAAGGCUUUUACUACGUGAAUGCGUUUGAGCCGUUCAUCUCAACCAUGGAAACCGAGACCAUAGCGUCGCGUAACAUUGUCGAUUUGCUCUUGCACGAAGAAUUUGGAACCGGUAUCUGUGGCUCUCUCCUCUCAGAGACCGAGAACGCAACCCAAAUCGCGGCGCCAGCCGACUUUGUGCUCGGAUGGGACUGCUAGAGCACCCAAGCGCUGAUGUAUAUGCUACCAUGAUGGGAUAUGUCCACAUUGCUAUCAAUUGGUAUUGUGGAGACUGCUAGCUGACGUACAUAGCUUGUUGCAUAAUAGAUUUAUGGGGAAUUGUACACUACGCAUUUAUUUGAUACUCCCUCUUCUUGUGGGAGUGCCGUAGCCAAGUG